CCUUUUGAUUUGACAGCCGUCCGGCUUCCUGAGAGUUGAUUGGUUGGCUGUCUUGGCAGGGCUCUGGGAAUCAUGGCGAGUGUACGGAGCCUGAAGGGCCUGGUCGGCAUUGUCACCGGAGGAGCGUCGGGUCUUGGCCGGGCCACGGUGGAGCGGUUGGUGCAUCAGGGAGCCAGCGCUGUCAUCCUGGAUUUGCCCACUUCGGACGGCAGCAACGUGGCCAAGUCCCUCGGAGACAAGUGUGCCUUCGCCCCCACUGAUGUGACCUCUGAGUCGGACGUGAACAGUGCGCUGGAACUGGCCCGCUCCAAGUUCGGCGGGGUGAACGUCGCGGUGAACUGCGCCGGGAUUGCCGUCGCCAUUAAGACCUUCAACAAGAGCAAGAUGAAGCCGCACAACCUGGAAGAGUUCCAAAAAGUCAUAAACGUGAACAUCGCGGGGACGUUCAACGUCAUUCGCCUGGCCACAGGAGAGAUGAUGAAGAACGAGCCAGACAAAGAUGGACACCGAGGGGUCAUCGUCAACACGGCCAGCAUCGCAGCUUUCGAUGGGCAGGUCGGGCAAGCGGCAUAUUCGGCCUCCAAAGGAGGGAUCGUAGGGAUGACGCUGCCCAUCGCUCGUGAUCUGGCUCCGCUCGGGAUCAGAGUCGUUACCAUCGCUCCUGGCUUGUUUGCCACGCCGCUCCUGAUGGGUCUUCCCGAGAAGGCCAGAGAGUUCCUGGCCAAGCAAGUCCCGUUCCCCAGCCGCCUGGGCGACCCCGACGAGUACGCCCACCUGGUCCAAUCCAUCGUGGAGAACCCCAUGCUGAACGGAGAGGUGAUCCGCCUGGACGGCGCCCUCCGUAUGCAGCCCUGAGGUGGGGGCGAUCGCAACACCCUCCGUCCGUCCAUGCCUUUUUGAAG